UUUGUCUUAUUUUAAAGUAAUUUGAAUAACCACAAAUUCCAAUUUCAUGGAAUUAUGAGUAAUAUUGUUAAUUAUGGAAAUAAAACAGAUUGAGCUCCACCCAAAAUCAAAAGCCUGAGUACACACAGAUUUUUUUUUUUUUUUUACUGCUUUAAACACUCACAGUAGCAUUUUAAACUCAUCCCCUUAAAUGAAACUAGCAAAAGGCAUGCAGUGUGUAGCAUUGUGAACAAGAGGAGCUGGAAUUCACAUGCACAUCAUGUAGUGAGUGUGCUGUCAUGUGACCAAGUGUCAUGUGACGAUCCAUUAAAGGGACCUCCUUGAAAAAUUAUGGAAACGAGCAGCUCACAUGUCAGUUCUUAUGACUCUGUAGCUCACACACACUGUGUAUUGCACAACUUCACAUCACAGAAAUAACUGUUUGGCAUUUGUUUUUAUUGUGUAGUCAUGCUGUUUUACAUUACUGCAAUUACUAUGUAUAUCCAUAUUGCUCUCAGAUACUAUUUAUUUGAUUAAUAUAAAAUUCAUCCACCUCACUCCUUUCCUCUCUUCCUCUCUGUCCUCUCUAUAUCACUUUGUGCAUAUAUACAUUGUAUACAUCAUUUUUUAACCUAAUUUAAACAGAAAUUUUAUUCAUUGUGCAAAAACUGUCAAUUUUUCACAUUUUAAAUGACACAUGAGACACAAUGACACAGGAAACAUGAGUAUGAUCACAUCUCGUACCUGCAUCAGCUCUCAUGUUUCACUACUUGGAUGUCAUCUAUUGUUUAUUCAUAACCUACACUCAACAGGUGUCAGAUUCCUGGACCUGGAUGUAAGAGUAUAAUGGGAAAGCACAAGAGUUGAACCUUAAGCUUUCCAAUACAGGAGCUACAUAGAAGCUGGUUGGGAUCUACAGUAUGGUUCAUAUUACCUGUUGGCACCCACAAGCAUGGACAAGAUGGUUACGCCAGGUAAACUUCAGAUCAACUCCAUGGAUAAUGUUGAAGACAGAAACUCAGGGAGACUGGGAUGUUUCGGUUGGAUAUUGGUCAUCAUAUCUCUCAUGAUUAUAGUACCACUCUUCCCUCUCACAAUAUUUUUUUGUGUUAAGAUAGUGAAGGAGUAUGAGCGAGCCGUCAUUUUUAGACUCGGCCGAAUCACAGACAGGAAACCUAAAGGACCAGGACUUUUCUUUGUUCUGCCCUGCACUGAUAACUUUGUGAAAGUUGAUCUGAGAACUAUAUCGUUUGACAUCCCUCCACAAGAGAUCCUAACCAAAGACUCAGUGACAGUGUCUGUGGAUGGUGUGGUGUACUUCCGGAUACACUGCCCUAUAUCAUCUGUGGCCAAUGUGUCCAACGCACACUCAUCUACUCGGCUGCUGGCUCAAACCACCCUGAGGAAUGUGCUGGGCACCAAGAACCUUGCAGAACUGUUGUCUGACAGAGAGGGCAUAUCCCUUAACAUGCAGGAAGCUCUGGAUGAAGCCACUGAUCCGUGGGGUAUUAAGGUGGAGCGUGUGGAGAUCAAAGAUGUGAAGUUGCCUCAGCAGCUGCAGAGAGCCAUGGCAGCAGAAGCAGAGGCCACUCGGGAGGCCAGGGCUAAGAUCAUUGCUGCGGAGGGAGAGAUGAAAGCCUCCAGGGCUCUGAAAGAGGCCUCUCUGGUAAUCUCUGAGUCACCCUCUGGCCUCCAACUACGAUACCUGCAGACGCUCAACACCAUCGCAGCAGAGAAGAACUCCACCAUCGUCUUCCCUCUGCCUAUAGAUAUGUUGCAGAAUUUCAUACAGAGGAAGUGAUGAAUUUAAAUUUCAAGUCAUAUAAAAGCUACAUUCAGUCAGAUUUGUACCGUUAUUAUAGUUAUAUUGUUAUUAUUACUGUUAUAAGCUACAGUGGUAUCUCUUUUUGAUAUGACCCCUGCAUGUUUAUUGCUGAUUUGCACUUCUGAAACAUAAAAUGUAUUCUGUUUUUACUACAGCAAAGGAAGAGCUCUAUGUCUUGGCACCAUAUAUAUGAAUGGCAAAAAUAAAGUAGAAUGAUUAUGUAUUAAAGGUAUAUCCACACCAACUCUCACUUUUGCACACUUAUUUUC